AUGUUGAAGUUGAUAAACUUUGAGUCCAACAAGUCGAACGGAGUCGAGGUGAUCCCGGAGAAUGUUGUCUUCACUGGAAACGAACCAAUCAUAAUCAUCAUGAUCAUCAGCAGCAGCUACAGCAGCAGCCACAGCAGCAGCCACAGCAGCGGCAACAAGAACAAUGAUGGUCCCGACAGCGUCUGUAUCAGAUUGCUACCACGACAGGAUGAAAGCGUGAAAAAACCCAGCCGACAAAAACAUUGUGGCCACAACUUCAACCGCCCCGCUCUCGGCUGUGGCCACAAAUGUGAUCAGGAUAAUUUUAAAAGUAAUGAGGACUACUUUAAUUGUCGUAGCAGUGCUCGCCAUGAUGAUGAGAAUGAUGAUGAAGAUUAUGAAUGGGAUGCUGGCGGUCAAUACGUCAACAGUGGAAACAUUCUGAGAGUGCGAUCUAUCGCGGAGAACGUCUACAAAGUGAAGCUGCCGAGUGAUAUUCCAACCGGCCAAACGUCCCUCCAUAUAUCAAGAAACAGCCACUUGAUAGCUGUUAAAAAUUUCACAGUUGAGUUUUAUUCUUCAGAGGCCACAUCAUCAUCGCCAACUUCACCGUUCUUAGCAUCAUCAUCAGCGCCAACCUUUCCGACAUCAUCAUCAGCAUCACCGUCUUCAAUGUCGUCAUCGAUUACCCAACCUCCUCUGCCUCCAAAAAAGUCCAACCACUUCAAUAGAAUCAUUCCACAGCAACAAACAGAACCACAACAUCCCACUUGUAAACCUCUUUCUAAACUACAAAAGUUUCCAGCACAACAACCGCAGUCGUCAAAUCGAAACAUUCCAUCGACUGAAGACCAGCGAAGUGAUGUUCCUCUUUCAAACAUAUGUUACACGGCGGGACAGCUGGAACUGAUAGACAUCCAGAACCAAGUGAAAGAGAAAAAGUUAACAAUUUCAGAAGCUAAUGUUCUUUUUGACGCAUGGAAAAUAAAUAAUUGCAAGGAUCCCAAAGAUUGCAAUCUGUGCUUGAGUCCACUGAACCCCACGAAACCCACUUCAAAAUCUUCCAUCGUGAAAAAUGCCAAACAAUAUUUUCACGUUAAGUUCAACAAGACGAAGACCAAUAAUUACGAAAAUACUAAAAUCGAAUCCAUUGAUAACCCGUGGAAAAAGGUUCAACCAGUAGUGCCUGCCAAACCGAUCAUUGAUCGAUCUUCCAGUUCAAGCAGGGAGAGUACACAAAGUUUCGACAGCACACAAGGUGGCGGAACUAGUGGUUACUGCAGCGCUGAGUCUGUGACUGGAUUCCCGAAGAAACUGCCCAACAUUGCCGAACAAGAGACCCAAAUACCACCGAAAAUUCCACCGAGAAGCAACCCUUCACCAGUGGUAUCCAAAACCACAGCAGCUAAGGUGGUCACCUCACCACAAACAUCUCCCACGCUACCAUCGACAACGAACAAAAAUGUUAAGCCGACAAAGUCGCUAAUAACUUGGCGCAGCAUGCCUUUGAAUGAGAAAGUUAACAAAGAGACAGAUAUGGAUAUUUAUGGAUUAGUAAUCACUGAUGAUGACUCCAGUGAAAUUGCACCCCGUGAGAAUGUCUCUAGGAGAACUAACAGUAAUAAUAACCGCAAUAGAACAAAUCACAUUUUUAAUAAUAUCGAAUUCAAUAAGGGGAAUAAUUUUAAUAGUGAUAACAACGAUAUGCCGAAAACUCAACUAAAUCACCCACAAAAUCAACAGCAUCGUGAACAUCAGCAGUACCAAACGCAUCUGCAAUCACAGUUACCAACUCUAAUGCCCCGACAACAACAACUACAGCAGCAGCAGCAGCAACAACAAUAUAUUGAAACUCUAGCAACGAUACAAACCAACUCAUCACGUGACCAGCCACCCAAUCAGAAAGCUCUAAGAAAUAGAAAUGUCAUUUCAAUAGCACCCCCUUUUUUUGUGAAUAAUAAUAAUAAUAAUAACAAUAAAAACAACAACAACAACAUUAAUAAAAAUAUUAACAAUUAUGAAAAAGGUAUGAAAAUAUGCAAUUAUAAUUUUCAAGACACUGAUCGGAACUUAAUUAAUAACAACGAUAAUAAUAAUAUUGAUAAUGAUAAUGAUGAUGAUAAUAAUAAUAAUAAUAAUAAUAAUAAUAAUAAUAAUAAUAGCAAUAACAACGAUAGCGAAGAUAGCGAUGAUGAUAUAAAUGAUGACGAAAAGGCACCCGCACCACCCCCACGCACGCCAGCCAGGGUCAACAUGAUCAUGCCUGCCCCCCUGCUGCUCGCCAAUGCUACAAAGUCUUGCAACAAUAAAAUAAAUAAACUUAACAGCAUCGAGGACGACGAUGAGGACGAUGGCGAUGAUGAAGACGACGAUUAUAGAAGAGAUAAUCGUAUUUCGCCCGCCUUCGGUUCGAUAACGAGACCUGCCCUCCCCAGAAGAUGACAGGGCUGCUGAUAGGAGUGGAGGCUUCUUAGUUUUCGUGACUUGUUCCUACUCGAAUUAAACAUUUUGAUUUAGUUAAACUGUUAGUUAGCAAACAAUAACUAAUAAUUUUUAUUUCUGUCAUAGUGUUUGUAUCAUCUGUCUAUUAUUCAUAAUCGUUGUUUUAUCAACUUUCUUGUUUUUUGAUCAAACGGAAAUAUUUUAUAAUAUGAGGAUCAACUU